CCUCUCCUCCUCUUGCCUCUGUGGCCGGCCCUGGCAUGGCUCCUUGGCCCCUUGCAGUGACCCAGGGACAAAGGAAGGCUGCCCAGCCCGGCCGCUUACCAGGAGAGGCCUCAUUGUCCAGUGUCUGCUGCUGUCUUCUUGGACAUGCUGGCCGGGCUGCACCCCCUGAACGACCCUGGGCCAGGAUGGACGAGGACUUCUCCUCCCAGAUGAAGAAGAUGGCCUUGGCCAUGGGGACAUCCCUGUCAGACAAGGACAUAGAGCUGCUGCCCACGGACAUGAGGCACCACGGCUCCUUCAACUAUCUCAGGUUCUUUGAGUACAUGCAGAAGUUCCAGGCCACGGGGCAGCUGGAGGGCGCCAUCCGCAAGGCCUUCCAGACCCUGGACAAGGACAAGAGUGGCUUCAUCGAAUGGAAUGAGAUCAAGUACGUCCUGUCCACCAUCCCCAGCAGCGGGCCUGCUGCCCCGUUGACAGACGAGGAGGCGGAGGCCAUGAUCCAGGCAGCCGACACCGAUGGGGACGGGAGGAUUGACUACGAAGAAUUUUCUGAAUUGGUCAAAAAGAAGAAAAUUCCGAAGAAGAAGUAGUGCUACGCCCAGCCCUGGCCUGGUGAGGGUCCCUGAGGGCAGCGGGGACACACGUGUGCCCCAGCGAGGAGGCCAUGGGAGUGGACACAGCCUAUGCCAGGAAAAUAGAAGAAAAACAUUAAAUGAA